AUGAAGCCAGAAGUUAUUCUUGAAGCAGAUCUGCUUUCUUUUCAUCGCACGAGCAGUCCGAUGCAUGACGACGAUGACAAAUUCUCAUAUAUUUCUUCAGUGUCUCUGGAAUAUGAUGGUGAUAAUUUUAUAAUGAAAUCAUCACUGUCCGAAGACGAAACCGUGAGUAGGAAUUCCAGUAAUUCAAGGGCGAGUAAAGAAAGUGAUGAGAUAAAUCCUCUGGAUUCUGUAAUCCCAGACUGUGAUGAUAUCUGCUGGAGAGAAAAAAAUUCAUACUCGACUUACAAAUUAAAUGAAGUUCCGAUCCAGAGAAACAAUGUAAUAUCUAAAGUGCGACAGAUAGAAGAAAAUUACCGCUUGUCAACCACGACGAAAAUGAAAGAAGGAUUAUGGACCGUAAGGAAUCAAUCAACACUGGCUGGCUGUACUCUCUUUUAUUUUAUUCUUUUAAUCUCUCUUCCGUUUUAUUCUUCCUUUCCCAAUUUCUCUUUUCACUUUAUAUCUUUCCUUUUCUGUGCAUACUUUUGGUUCUUUUUUACAAUGUCUUCUUUCUUUCUUUCUAUCUCUCUCUCUCUCUCAUUCUUUUUUCUAUUCUCCUUAGGCUUCCUUGAUCAAGCUUCUUUUCUGUCGUAUACCUUUUUAUAUUUCUGUCUGUCUGUCUCUUUUAUUUCCCUAAAAUCCAAUUCUCCUUCUCUUCUCAUUUACUCCCUCCUCUCUCUCUCUCUCGUUCUUUUUCUUCGCUCAAGUGAUCUCAAUUGUAUCUCUCUCUCUCACCCACUCACUCUUUCCCUAAAAUUUUCUUCAUCGCCUGUCCUCCUUUCUAUCUCAGUCUGUAUGCUCUCUUUAUCAUACCGACUUGUUUCUUUCCCCCUUUCUCUGUCGCUGUCUUUCCCAUUUGCAUUUUAA